ACCUCAAUUAUACUAGAAGGACCUCACCUUCCGUAUACCCAUGCCAUGACUCAAUGGGUGUUGCAACUUCCCCAGCUUCACGAAUCACCCGCUUUAAAUUCCCUUCUUAUUCUCUCACCUUUUCGCUUCCCUUUCUCAUCCCACAACUUACUAGACGGCCUCACAAAGCAGCCUUAUAUGCAUUGCUCCCCUUCAUCCGCAUCAACUAACCUUAUUGAUAUCGUAUUCUAAUGCCACCGCGGUCUACAAUGCCUCCCGAAACACCCAGCAGAAUGAAAUGUCUUGUCAACAUGAAUAUCUCUGUUUCCGAAGAUAGAGUCCAGGACGCCUCCGUCUCAUUCAGUCUCUCAACUCCACCGCAGAAUGUCUCCGCUACAUCGUCUACAGAUCUUGUCAGCGACAUAUGUGACCGGCCAGCACAACUCGAAGCGCCAGUCAGUGGGACAAGCGAUAAGGUGGCAUUGUCCGGAGAUAUCAUACGGCGAAAACGACCACGACUAGCAAGCCCUAAGCUAGGGAGUAAUGACGGAAUCGGCAACCAGUGGGACGAAUGUAUCCACGAUCUCAUGUUCUUACUACAGCUCGUUAUGCCGGAUUUUAACAAAUAUGAUGCUAUUUUCGACGCCUUCCUCGCGAUUAUCUAUAGGGUCGGUAUGGAUGGUGUCAAGCGUAUAAGGAGCUUCAUCCUAGAGGACUGUGAAUGGUAUCGGCCCGGUACUUGGAUAUGUUUGAGGAACACGUUCUUGAGAUCCUCACGUGUAUGUCUAUUGGACAAUGAAGAGUGCGACUGCCAACCUGCAUAUAGAUACAAUCGUACCUGUUUCUAUCUCAAGAAGGUAGAUGGCGGUUUAGUAGCGAUUCGUAUAGGGUCCCAUAAAUAAGGGAAUGGUUCAGCGUACCAAAAGAAAAGUACUGGUUGCGGAAUUU